GGAUGGUUUCCAGUGGUUCGGAAGGUUUUGCUUCCUUCCUCGUCUUCUUUCCUUGUUUUACAAGCAGCCUUUUCAACCCAGUCGAUCUUGCUUGGCUUCAUCUUAGAGCUAGACUCUCAACAUGAACCCUCGCGCACCCCACUACAAGUUCCACGCACCUGCCAGUGGCAGCAGCAAUGGCGCAGAUCUCGCAACUGUAUUUGGCAGCUUGCGCACCAAUUUCGUGCCAGCCACUGUCCCAGCCUCCGACACUGUGAGCAGCCCUCGCGACAAUCUCUCACUGGUCAAGUUUGAGUCCAACACAGGCUAUGAUGAUCAAGAGUUCCUCAAACUUGCACGCGCCGAGCGUCAGGCGCACAGCGAUCUCAUGAUGCACAGCAAGCUUCUACGUCUGGAAGCCCAGGUUGGCGAGCUGAUGUCUCAGCGCGCAGCAACCGAAAAGAAGCAAGCUGAGAGUGACGAGAUCAACAAGGACCUGCGUAGCGAAGUUGUCAAUUUGAAGGGCCAGAUCAGAUCUCACCAUGACAAGCUUGAGAUCUGCAAGAGACUCGCCGACGAACGCGCCAGACAUGCACGCGAGCUCGACCAACGUCUGGAGACAAUCGCUAGCAUGAUGGAGCCGAGAUUCCAACACCAAGAGACGCGCAUCAACAGAGUCGAGAGCAUUGUGCGCACUUCUGAGUCCUCUGUGACCUCUCAGAUCAAGCAGCACAUUGCCCAGCUUCAGUUCAACGACAAGUGUCUUGCUGGAGCCGAACAGAAGACUGGCGACACGGUCAUCUCGAAGGGCUAUGACGGCUCCAAGCCUCAGACCAACGGUACCGCCCUUCAAUUCCCUCAGGCGGACAGCCCCAUCAACAAGCUCGAGCAGGCCCAUGGAACACACGAGAAGUACCUCAAGACUGUCGGCGAAGCUCUCGUUGCCCACCAGACCGGCAUCGACGUAGCCAACGGCAAGAUCAACAUCCUUGAGUCCAAGAUCGAGGUCCUCGAAAGCGGCAGUUCCAAGUCCAGUGGUCAGCAACAGGUCGAGAAUGGCUUGUUCAAGAUGCACCCGACUUCAGCUGCUAUCAUUCAGAUGCAAUCACAAAUCGACCACCUGACCAAGGACAUCAGCCACAAGCGCAUCGGUGCUGAGAACCCCAAGAGCGGUGACUCGAGUGCCAACGAUACCGAGAGACUUCUGAUCCAGAUGGAUGAGACUCGUGCCCAGAUUUGUGAGAUGGAAGAGCGACUGAGCUCUCUGACCGAGGCGCAGCGUCUAGUGGACGAGUGUGGAAUGGCGAGCAAGCUGAGACUGGAGAUCAUGUUCUACCAGCUCACCAAGGAACUUCUCGGCAAGUGUGAGCCUGAAGAUGUCGAGUAUGGUUUGGACGAGGACCGCACGUUCAUUCUUAGACAGCGUGUCCUUGAGCGUCUCUCUAUUGAGAACCAGGUCCAGCUCGAGUUCCUGCGUCUCAAAGAGUCGCAGCAGAUGCCCCGCUAGAUGUAUCAGCAAGAGAAAACAACCGGAUCGAGGCACUUGCGAAUGGAGUGCACGUUGAUAGCGCAUAAGAGACGGAAAUGGAGGUUUAUGGAAGGCACGGCAGAUGGUUGAACAAGGCGGUCUUCAGAUAGAAUAGCAGUAGAUAUCGAGGAUCAAUAAGCUCUCCCAGUAUGACGCAUUCG